AUAUAAGGGUAUACCCCUGGAUCGUUCAUCGUCUGCGCUCCAAGUUUAUACACUCUAGCCCGAGAUCACCCCGAAGUAAAUGGAAGGAAGAUUACCUUCAUUCGUCCAUGGAGUCUGUCUAGGAAGCACUACCCCAAAGCGGUCACUGUACAGGUGUCAUAGUCACAAUAUCAUUUCCUGAGAUGACAUCUUUGGCGCAGGCGUUCACGGUGUAGUUAUUUUCAUACCAUGGCUACGUGGCAAAAGAAGCCACAGCAUUCAAGAACUGUGGACUUAUCGGCAGGAGAUGAUCCUGCCCCCCCAUCAUCGUGUAUGGUGCCCCUCGUCAUCAAUGACUUGUAUUAUGACUUGACAGGUUGCCAUAACAUCCCUGUUUUCUUCGUUUUCUUCAUCGUCAAAAACUCGAGGAUUAUUCGUCGGGCAAGACAAGAGAAUGCCGUCUCCCAUCGCUUUGAAUCCACCUACCCCUUCUCCGUCCAUCUUCAAGAAGACAGGAUCACUCAGCAAGCUACCAUUAAUGUCGACGGCAAUGUCGUACCUUUCUGCUGUUCAACAGGCAGACACCCGCGCUCGCAGUCAUAACAACUCCUCUGCAGCAUCAACUCCUCCACGAUCCACCCACUCCUCCGUCACAACUUCAUCCGAAGACACCAUCCUUAACGAGGAUGAUACGAACAACUGUCUCGUGAACCCCCUUACACCGCCCACCUCCGAGGCCUUCGCUACUGUUCACACAGAGUUUGGUUACUGUGCGAAUGAGGCCUAUCGUUGCGUCUCUCAGCAUGAUUAUACGAAACCUUUCCAGGAACACACAAUCGAGGAGCCUCCAUAUUACAUUCUCUUCACUACCUACGUAAGCUACCUCAUGGUCAUUUGUUUCGGUCAUAUGCGCGACUUCUUCGGCAAGCGUUUUGCCAAAUCUUACUUCACCCACCUUAUGCCCCAUGAUGGUUACGCGCCAUUGAACUCGGACUUUGAUUCGUUCUACACCCGCCGGCUUCAACGCCGCGUGGGUGACUGCUGUUCCCAGCCUAUCGCAGGUGUCCCCGGCCGCACUGUUCUCAUCCUCGACCGUUAUUCCACUGAUUAUAACAUUACUCAGGUCUACACCGGUACCAAAACGCGCGCCUUGAACAUCUCAUCGUAUAACUACCUCGGCUUCUCCCAGGCCCGAGGAGGCUGCUCAGAUGCAGUCGGAGAAAGCAUCCGUCGUUAUGGUACCUCUACCUGCGGCACACGUCUUGAGACCGGGAGCAGCGAGCUCCAUAUCUUUGCUGAAGCCCUCGUCGCACGUUUUCUAGGGACAGAGGACGCGUUGGUCAGUUCUGUGGGGUUUGCCACCAACUCCACUUUCAUCCCUGCAUUGGUGGGAAAGAAGUCUUUGAUCAUUUCUGACGAACUGAACCACACUAGUAUCCGUGUUGGUGCGCGCCAGAGUGGUGCGGAGGUCCGGAUGUUCAAGCAUAAUGAUAUGACAAGCCUCGAGUCCGUUCUGCGUGAGGCGAUAAGCCAGGGCCAGCCCAAGACGCAUCGUCCCUGGAAGAAGACCUUAGUCAUUGUGGAAGGGUUAUAUUCCAUGGAGGGUACGCUUGUGGACCUGCUUAGGAUUGUCGAACUGAAGCAGAAGUACAAGUUCUACCUCUUUGUUGAUGAGGCACAUUCAAUCGGUGCGGUCGGUCCCCAUGGACGCGGUGUGACGGACUAUUUUAACAUCCAUCCUGGCUCAAUUGAUGUCUUGAUGGGCACGUUUACAAAGUCCUUUGGUGCUGCUGGCGGAUACAUAACAGGGUCGAAAACCCUUAUUGAUGCUCUCCGCCUGCGCGGACACUCAUGUCCGUAUGCGGAAGCAAUGGCUCCCCCGGUGCUCGCACAAAUUAUCGCAUCGAUCGCGAGCAUCAUGGGCGUUGCUCCAGCACCACAGCUGUCCAAGUCCCAAAAUUCCCUCAACCUUGCUAGCUCAAUUAUCAGUCGGAAAGACCGUGCAGAUGACCUCCAAGGAAUGGCACCUGCAAGCAUGCUGCCGGCAUGGAUAAAUCUUCAUCCAUCCCUCACAGACGGAUCCGAAGCUCGAAUGCGCAUCCGCCGCCUUGCCUUUAACUGCCGUUAUCUGCACGCGGGCCUCAAGAAGCUCGGUUUCAUCAUUUCUGGACAUCCCUUCAGCCCGAUUGUUCCCCUGCUUAUCUUCAACCCAGGCAAAUGUAUGAUGUUCGCGCGUCUGAUGCGUGUGCGGAGAAUACCGAUUGUGGUCGUUGUCGUAGGGUACCCUGCCACUCCGUUGGAGAAGGGUCGUGCACGGUUCUGUGCUAGUGCAUCACACACAAAGGAGGACAUCGAUAUGGUGCUGCAGGCAUGCGAUGAAGUGGGUGGAAUUCUAGACCUGAAACAUGGUUUGGGUGAGCGGUGGGGGAUUGAUGAGAUUCGCGAGCGCGCAGUGGAGCUUGUUCGCUCCGCAGUGUGAAUGCUUGGGCCUUUUUAUGGAAUAUGGGGUGGUCAUGGGGAUGGUAAAUGAGCUUAUCAGUGCAUUAAGUUUGAUUAGCUUGCGGUGUUUUCUACUUGGGAGUGGGAUUUUACAAUUAAUGGAGUGUCGCGCGCAGACAAUAUAUCAAAGGAGGAGGCUCGAGCGGGACAGCCAUGAACGUCUGAACGUUAAACAUCUAUUGUAGACCAUGAUGAACUUCAGUC